AUGGCAAAGAGGUGUCCAAAUUUUUCGGCUGCAGAAAUAUCUGUUUUAACAGAUGAAGUUGAAAGUAAGAAAGAUAUUCUUUUUCCAAAACAAAACUCCACUGUCUCAAAUGCUUUAAAGCGAGAUGCAUGGAAAGAAGUGGCAUUUAAAGUUAAUGCAGUAAAUACAACAGGGUACGUCAGGACGGGGGAAGAAAUGAAGAAGAAGUGGAUUUGCUUGAGCAGUGAAAGUAGGAAAAAUCUAGCCUUGAAUAGGAGAGAGCAGAAAAAGACUGGAGGGGGGUGUUUGCCAUCAGAAGCUACACUACGACCCAUAGACGAGAAGAUAGAGGGAAUUAUCGGAGAAACUUCCAUAUCCGGAGUUGAAGGUGGCAUUGAUGUCCUAGACUCUUCUACGACCACGGAUGCAUUAUUAGCACCUCCAAGCAACAUGACAGAUGCCUCAAUAGAAUGCCAACCUUCCGUUGAAAACUCGCGUUUAAGCAGAAAGGGCACAAAAAGAACCGUUAGUACUAGUGAAUCGCAGCAAAAGGAUGACCUCAUGACGAGACUUGUGACAGCAGAAGAGGAAAGGCUGAGUAUUGAGAAAAGAAGACUUGAGAUAGAGGAAAGAAGACUUGACACCGAGGAGAAGCGUCUCAAGAUUGAGGACCGGCGUCUUGCGGUUGCUGAGCAACAGCUUCAGAUACAGCGUGAGCAGCACUCGCUUCACCUGUCAACUCGGAAUAGUAAAUAAUGCCACCCUCAAUGUGCCUUUGACUGAAAAUGAGUAAUAAAUUGAAAAUAUGUGUUUGAUUCAUUUUAUAUCUUGUUCAUUAAGCAUCCCUUAAUAAGAAUAAUAAAUAUACAUGAAUACACAUUUCAAACCAAUUAGUCCAAUAAGUGAACAAACUUGUUUGUUACAUGUUCAAUUUUAAAGCGGAAUAAGGAAUCAUACACAAUAAUGUCUUCAUGGUUUUAGGAAAAAAUUCACUGAAAUUACACGAAUUCUUUCUCCGAACUAAGGUCCUAAAAUCGAGUAUGGAUAAGUCUUCGACGAACCUCCAUCCCAUCGUUAUUUGGGCC